AUGAGCAACAAGUCAGUGAGCGACCUCAUACAGCUCCUUUGCAGUGAUCCCAACAUCACUAUUGUAGAGUGCGUGGCUCAGCUGCCGUCCGAGCGAAGGGUGGUGAAAUCGACAGUUGUGAGGAAGUUAGCACUACGUCUGUCUCUGGCGCCUCACGAUACCGUAGAGCAGCGACUCUUUCUGGCGGCCGCAGCAUUGCUCGCCCUUCACAACUGCGAUGCAAUGAACGACUGUGGCAUGCUGGAUACUGUGGGCGGCCUGGCUCUCACUGGUGGUCUCAAGACUGACCGCCGCUCCUCGAAUCUCACACAUCUCCUUGUGCGACAGCAUGGGCGCUCUUCGGCUAGCGAGUCCCAACCCUCCCGACUGGGCCAGAUCCUUGAGCGAGGUGACAUCCACUUGCCCGGUGGUGGGGGAAAGGUCAACUCUGGUAACCUCGCCUUCACUGUUCUACUCAAUGCCGUGCCAAAAGUGACGAGAAAGUUGUCGGAAAACUUGGUGAAUAAGAUCCUGGAACUUCUGGGAGGUCCCAGGGUGACUGACUCGGGAUUCAGGACUCACGGCAUAUCCCUUCUUAGAGGUCUCAUAGGAAAGUCUGCGACAGUACCUCAAGCAGGGCUAGUGCAGCCUCUGAUCGCCCGACUGUCGCCGAGUCUUUAUACCAGCAGGGUGGAGGUGACCAUUGAUAUUCUACGGGAACUGCGUGAAACCGGCGCGAGUCUGGCCGAGUGUGUGCGACCCCUUGUAGAAAUCGCACUGUGUGAGAGGUCUCCUUACUCUCUCAUGGUGGAGUCAGCUACUCUCCUUGCCUGUGAUGACGUCAACUUGACACAGUUCCACGAGGGCCUCCGAAUGAGGUUCAUGGACCUGUACACGGAGCAUUUCAGCAGUAAUGAUGACGUUGACGCUGCUCGUGCUAGUGGUCGUAUGGCGUGUGCGGUCUUGGCUCGACUAGUGGUCCGGUCGGCUGGUGACGAUGUGACUACUAUGGUGGAUGAAAACUUAUCGGAGAGGCUUCUUGAAGUACUGCGGCAGCUGGUGUAUGUCAAAAGUGAAGCAGGCAUGUUGACUCCGCGGACAGUGGUGAAAAUGCACAUGGAGCUGUCCUGGCUUAAAGGGGAGGACCCAUUCGAAGAUAUGGUCACUCGAAUGGUCUCGGAGGAAGUGGACGAUAGUUCUGCAGCCGAUGGCAUGUCUCUUGAUUCGGAGUCGAGUGACCGCGAAAUGGGUAGCCACUCCAGUGAUGAGGCCUCGUCAUCAUCACAGGACUCAGAGCCUCGAGCCAAGCGGCUCAAGGUGGAACCUAGGAGACUACCAUUAAAGCGUCCUCGACCUGUGGAGACGAGGAGUGAGGUGGCCGCAUCACCAACGAGUGUCCAAAGCGCGCCUUGCCUUGUUCGUCAAGGCCCUUUACUGAAGAGACACCGAACCUGCCAGCCGACAGAUCGACCGCUACUUGCAACUAGCAGAAUACCGCCCCAGCCCGCAGUGCCCGUACGACUCCCCGGGAGGUCUUUACUGCGAAGGCUGCCGUCGGAUACGGCCCAGUCCAAUGGACGACACCUUACGAUAGAAGCCUAGGCAGUGUAAUUCACCAUAGUCACCGCACUGACGAUGGCAGAGUAACAUUAUCAUCACUCGGUCCGGCCGAGUGUGCAUGACCGUCUCGAUAUCAAUAUUUUCAAUACUGACGAGACUUC